CGUCAGUGUGCUCCAUAUAUUUUCUGUAUUUUCUUAUACAUAGAUUUUCUUGUAUAAAUUACAAACUACUUCGCCAAACUCCAACAUAAAGAAGUCCCCGGCCAUAGGAAAUGCGGAGCAUAAUCCUCUAGCCAAGUUAACAUUAAAUGGAGGGUCUGAUUCCAUUUGUUUACCGGAGUAUCAAGAGAAGCAUAACUCGCCGCCGGUACGAGUGCCUCUCCUCCGGGACGGCGGCUGCCGGCACCUUCAACGUAUCACCACACUUCUAUCCUAGUACCUUUAAUGUUGGUGAUGACCACUUCAUCGUGGCAGCUACUGACGGAAGGAGGAGACACGGCGGCCGGCGACAAAUGUCGCACCAAGUGGACUAUUCCGGUGGGUUUUCGCCGGAGCGUUCAGCCGGAGUUGCUUCUUCUAAGUCCAAACAACUCGGGAAAUUCAAGAGUCACAGGAUGUUCUGUUGUGUGACCGGAUUAUAAGAGGGGAAAGCUGCAACUCUGUAUCUAUCAUUAAAAAAACAUGUACAGUUCGUUCUUAACUUCUUAAUUGGUUUUACUGAAUAAUUUAUUUUAAGUUUUUUUUGUUUGAUCGUGUAAUUAAGUAUGUUGAAUGGUAUGAUCAUAUAACAUUCUCAUUUUUAGUAAGUCAUGUAUACUCCUAAAUAAUUUUGGUCUCUAAUAUGUAUGUAUUAUAUUGUUCAGAUCAAAACAUAAACCAAGCUAGCUUAUUAGCUUAAGGCUACGUUUGGUAUGAUGUAAUCAUCUAAUGUAUGAGCAUUUCAUGUUGAUUCAAAUAAGAUGUUUGGUAUUACAUUUUAUUUUAACAUAUGUAAUAAGAAUUACAUUAAAAAGUUAUGUAUUUGAGAUUACACUUUCUUGUGUU